UCAUCACCCAAGCUUCACGCCUGCCCCUCCAUCUUCGGAGCCUCACACCUCACACCUCACCCAUACUUGUGCAUCCUACGUCUACGGGUGCUACUGCUGUCGCCGAACUAAACAGUUAUAGCCCGUUGACUGACAUGCUGCACGUCUGAAGCUCACGCAAUUGACACCCCACAAACAUGGCAAACGAGGAUGGCGACAGCUCCUCCAAGUCGCAGAAUGCCGUGCUUGAGUGGUAUGCCCGUAUCUACUCCCGUCGCGUCGACAUCGUCGGCGACUAUUCUGGAAAUGAGCUGUUUCUAGUAGACGGCGAUUCUCUGCUGUUGCACUGCUUUAGCGACGAGCACCUGGACUUCGAAUCCGGAUUCCAACUCCUCCACGCGACCUGGACGGUCGAAAACUUCUUGCGCAAUCUGAUCUCAAGAAGAGCCAACUUCCACGUUGUCUUCUUUGACCAGCAUCGCGAGCUUUGCGUUCCAUCCUUUGCCCCUACAGCUUCCCACGCCAAGUACCUUUUGGCAAGGGAGGCAAUCAUUCGGCAUCUUGCUGUCAAUCUCAAGGCUACCCACCCAGAAGUGCUGAUUACCGUGUUCCCAUCAAUCACCUCUGACGACUUCGUGGAGUACCUAAGAACCACAGAGUUCUAUUUCAUCCUCUGCCAUGACGGUGCUUCUUCAAAAGCUUUGCGAAAGAGAAAUCUGCUAGACAAGACUCUAGACGCCCUCGAAGAUGAAGACCACGACGAAGACGAAGAACUGCGCAAGAAGGUCAUUUUUCGCCAACUCAUACACUGGAGUAUGGCACAGGGUUCCAGCAUCGUGCUAAUAAACGGGCUCGAGUUCCAAGAUGCUCGUAUCAUCGCCACAGUUCUAGAGAACCUACGUGGUACAGGUAGUGGGCUCUCUCUGGAGAUCGAUCUUGACGAGGAUGAUGUUAUUGAUGAGCCCCGCCAGCGAUACCUCGAGCGCAGCACUUGGGAAAGCGUUGCCAGUAAAGUCAAGGUCCAGUUGACAGAGCGACACUAUCUUACCGCAAUCGUCCUGUCCGCCCUGCUCGCAGGUAACAAGGUCACCAAAGAGUUUGUUUCCGCUUUUCUCCGGCAUACUGCCUUGAUUUCUGGUCUCUCGCUCCAAGAACGCUUGGUGACCGCCGCCGGUUUGGAUGAAACCGUCAAGGAGUCAUUGGAAGUCUUCUGCGAAGAAGCUUCGACCAUACUGGCUUCUGAAGAUUGGGCCGAUAAUAUGGAGGCAUGGCAUUGCGCAUGUGAUGUGGCUGAUCUUGUUGACGGACGACUGAUCUCCGCUUGUCUUCAGGAUACGGCAAUAGGUCUCAACGAUGUAUCCCGCACGCUAGCACAGGCUUGCGAAGCUUUGGGUUCGGGAUUCUCCAGCGACGAUAUUGCCGCUAGCAAUGGCACUGCCACAGCAACAUCGCACAUAUCUCAGACGACAAGCCGCGAGUCGUACGCGGUCCUACCCUUCUCCAAUGAGAUAUUCGAUCCACACCUUGCACCCGUGAAGCUCGAAAUCGAUCGCGUGGGUGAUCUGGAAGACGCAACGACGGCGAACAUUUUCCGGGAGAUUUCUCAUUGGCACAAUCAUAAAAGACCGUUGGACCCGAAGCUACGUGAAGAGCAGCUAGCCAAGUCAGAGAAGCAGAAGUUCUGGACGCGGAAGCGCAAUCAAUGGUUCAUGGACGAGAUGCAGAAGUAUGCUCAAAGUCUCACCAACACAGUUGGAAAAUCUCUGGACCCAGAGACCAUUACUACUGGAGGACGUUCUGUGAAACCGAUUGCUGAAAUUGAGGAGAACGCCAAGCCAAAACAAAAACCAGCUGCUAAGGGCAACAAAAAGGCUGCCCCGUCCCGCAAGGAAGCGAUGCUGGCUAAGAUUGCCGCGGAUCGAAGUGCAAAGGAAGAGACAACUGCGGAGAAACACAUCCAGGGCUGGCGAACGACCGUCAGCACGAUCGAAAAGGAGCCUACUGCGACCGGACGCUAUCAGCGAGCGAAAACCUACCUGGCUACACUCAACACGGGUACCUCGGCAGACUUGAAGCGAGAUACGCUCGAGGCGGAAGUACGUCUGUAUAUGUUGAACGCUCUCCUGGAUCCGUGGCUGGUGGCAUGCAAAAACGACGAAAAGCCCGAAGCUAUGAAGAUUGCUGCACUCAUCUUCGCAGAGCUCGGAGCGUUUUCCAAGUUCAACAGACCUGUCACGCCGACGAUCAUCAAGUGCCUUCAAACGGUUUUCAAAGAACUGGCACUGCCUCAGCUGCCUCUCCCGCAGCCGGAAGGCGAUAGACCCCUGGCUUUCAAGUUCGCACUUGAAUCUACGACACGCUCGUUGGCCUUGCCGAUUCCACAGAAAGAGUUCCAAUUGCUUCACUGCGGUCCUUACUUUGACCGAAGCAUUGACUCAGCUCCUGAUCCUCGUGUGCCGUUCGAGCCGGAUGCAUGGCAACGUAAGGUAUUGAAUGAGAUCGAUGCGAAGCGAAGCUUGCUGGUUGUCGCCCCUACGUCAGCCGGUAAGACAUUCAUCUCAUUCUACGCCAUGAAGCAGGUUCUGGAAGCCAAUGAUGAAGACGUACUGGUCUACGUGGCGCCCACAAAGGCUCUGGUCAAUCAAAUCGCCGCCGAAAUUCAGGGUCGCUUCUCAAAGCGCUAUGGCUACGCCGGAAACAGUGUCUGGGCGAUUCAUACUCGCGAUAUGAGGAUAAACAACCCGACUGGUUGCCAGAUUCUCGUUACGGUACCGCAUAUCCUGCAAAUCAUGCUGCUGUCGCCACCCAAUGCGAACUCUUGGUCGAAACGUAUCAAGUGGAUCAUCUUUGAUGAAGUUCACUGCAUAGGGCAAGCCGAGGACGGCUUGAUCUGGGAACAGCUGUUGCUCAUGGCUCCUUGCCCGAUCUUGGCACUCUCCGCUACGAUCGGUAACCCCGAUGAGUUCAGUGCCUGGCUGGACUCUACCCAAAGAAGUGCUGGCAACAAGUUGACCAUGGUGCAGCAUCCUCACCGUUACUCGGACUUGAGAAAAUUCAUCUACAAACCCUCCGACACCGACACUCACAAGUUUACUGGCCUCGAAGAGAACCGCGCGUUCGCACAGUUAGGUCUGGACGACAGUAAAGACUUCCACUUUGUCCAUCCUGUUUCCACUCUUGUCAACCGAGCUCGAGGCAUACCUGCCGAUCUGGCUCUAGAGGCACGUGACUGCUAUCUGCUGUGGCAAACUUUGUCCAAGCGCCAGACUGCAAGGCAUCCUUUGGACAAAUCACUCGAUCCGGCGGUAGCGCUGCCCUCUGUGAUCCGAAAGAUCGAUACAAUCAAAUGGGAGGCUGCACUGAAGUCUGUGCUCCGUGAUUGGAUGCAGGAUCCGGAGUCUCCAUUCGACGCUGUAGUGAAAGACCUAGGAGGAGAUCAAGAAGAAACAACCUCGGAAUCGCUUCUUAACAAGGAUAGUGAAGCCACGCCGGACGAAGAUGCUGAUGAUAGUGAGGAGAACGAAGUUGAGAUACAACACGACAUCAAGAGCAUUCUUCCUAUGCUCUCCAAGCUUCACGAACAAGAUGCCCUCCCUGCGAUCCUCUUCAACUACGACCGCGGUCUGUGCGAACGCAUCUGUCGGAAACUGAUGGAGCAACUGGUAGAUGCAGAAACAGCUUGGAAGGAGUCCAGUGCCCAAUGGAAGGGCACGCUGGCGAAGUGGGAAGAAUGGAAGAAGAUCAUGCUCAAGGCUGGUAAACGCGGACCGCCUAAAUUGUCGAAAAAGAAGGGUGGUGCCGAAGAAGGACUGACCAAGGAGGACAUUCAACGAGACGCAGCCAACAAUGAGGCCAGUCCUUGGGCUUCUUUCAACCCCGAAAAGCCAAUCGACAAAUUCCAUUUCGCGGACAACAGGAAGAUGUCGCAAGAUGAGAUGGACAAGACUGAGAGAGAAUUGCUCAGACGAGAUGUACCUGAAUGGCUCAUCACUGCUUUGAAGCGCGGUAUUGCAGUCCAUCACGCUGGUCUCAACAGGAAGUACAGGCAAGUGUGUGAGAUCCUGUUCAGGCGAGGCUUCCUUCGCGUAGUCAUCGCAACGGGUACGCUAGCACUCGGUAUCAACAUGCCCUGCAAGACGGUGGUUUUCACUGGAGAUUCCGUGUUCCUAUCGGCCCUUAACUUCAGACAAGCAGCAGGUCGUGCCGGUCGACGUGGGUUCGAUAUGCUCGGGAAUGUUGUGUUCCAUUCAAUUUCUACCAGCAGAGUCCACAAGCUCAUCAGCUCGCGUCUUCCGGACAUCAACGGUCACUUUCCCAUUACGACGACGCUGGUGCUCCGUUUAUUUACGCUCCUGAAUGAUUCGAAACAAUCUCAGUUCGCAACUCGAUCUGUGAACGCACUGCUCUCGCAACCACGCCUGUACCUUGGCGGUGAAGAGUCUAAAAUGACUGUUCUACAUCACCUUCGGUUCUCCAUCGAAUAUCUACGACGGCAAUUCCUUCUCGAUGCUCGUGGAGCUCCAUUGAAUUUUGCCGGAUGCGUAAGUCAUUUGUACUUUACCGAGAACUCUUCGUUCGCAUUCCAUGCUUUGCUCAAGGACGGUUAUUUCCAUAAGGUAUGCGCAAAUCUGAAUGCGAAUGACACUGCCAAGGAGAACGCUCUGCGGGAGCUUAUGUUGACCAUGGCCCAUCUCUUCGGACGACAAUAUUGCCGACAGGCGGACCAAGAGUUCGUGGAGAAGGUCGUGAAGCGCAGUCCUUCUGUAGUCUUUCUCCCUGAUAUGCCAACCGAUGCAGCUGAGCUGCUCCGGAAGCACAAUCAGUCUACUCUCGACAUUUACAAGGCCUAUGUCGGAACUUUUGUGGACCAGCAUCUCAAGGAACAGGACGAUGCACUGCCAUUGACGCAAUUCAAAGCCGGCAGUGUUGGCAUAGCAUCGGCUGAUGGCUUGCAGCUGCGUGCGCCCACUAAGGUUCGCUCACCCUUCGUGGCACUUUCAGGACACGAAGACGUCUUCCACUCUGUUCAUGAUCUUUGCACAACUACACGCUCUGGGGUCUUUUUGGAGGAAGCGGUCAUACCAUAUGUCGGUCUUUACCCUGAAGAGUCGGAACUGCCUCUCAAUGCCUACCUUUAUGAUUUCUUCAACCACGGAGAUGUUAACGCCAUCGUCAUCGCGAACCGCAUUAGACGUGGUGACGUGUGGUUUGUCCUGAAUGACUUCAGUAUGGUUCUGGCGACUAUCGUUACCAGUUUGUCGAAUUUCAUGCAACUUACCGCGGCGUCCGACUUGGAUUUGUCCGACGUUCGAGGCGAGGGAGAGGAUGCAGAGGCUAUGCAAGACGACAAGUUCCUUCCCGAUGACUCAGGCUACGAAACUGCCUCAACGAUUUCCACAGCUACACGGACUGGUCCGGCUCAGACAGAGCUGCCCGUACAGGUCAAAAAGAAGAAGAAGGUUGUGGACUCUUGGGAUGAUGAUGCGGAUCAAGAAGACCUUGAGGAAGAGGUUGCUGCUCAGAGGGCGAAGAAGGAAGCUGAAGUGGCGGCGAAGAACGCACAGGACAGGCCAGCUUGGGAAGAGGGCGCGGGUCUGCUGAAUGUGCUCAAGGCAUUCCAAGCGUUGAAGGAGGACUUCGAUACCAAAUUCCGAGCCAUGUGGGCCUAAGAGGUAUGGUAAGACACUCGAAGAGGACGCGCAAAUUGUAGCGGUGGUGUUGCAUUAAGGCAUCGUGCAUGGAGCAAACGGAAUUAAAAUGAAGAAACACACCAAAAGCAUCAUGAUGAUAGAUUCGAUCUAGACUAAGACUUAGCAUGAAGACAAUUGGCACGCGUGGUGUUCACGUG